GGGUGCUGCUGGCGGCAGGGGAAAGCAACUCUUGCAGCUGCGGGAGAAGCAGCGUGGGCCGGGAGGGGCACCAUGGAGCUCUGGAAACAAUGUGCCCACUGGCUCAUCCAGUGCAGGGUGCUGUCCCCCAGCCAUAGAGUGACCUGGGAUGGGGCCCAGGUUUGUGACUUAGCCCAGGCCUUGCGAGACGGCGUCCUCCUCUGUCAGCUUCUCAACAACCUCAUGCCUCAUGCCGUCAACUUGCGGGAGAUCAAUCUGCGCCCUCAAAUGUCCCAGUUCCUGUGUCUCAAGAACAUCCGGACCUUCCUUGCCACUUGCUGUGAGAAGUUUGGUCUGCGCAAGAGCGAGCUCUUCGAGGUUUUCGACUUGUUUGAUGUGAAGGAUUUUGGGAAGGUGAUUGAUACCUUAUCAAUACUGUCAUGGAAACAAAUUGCCCAGAGCAAAGGGUUCAUGCCAUUCCCCACUGAGGACAGCAUUGGUGAUGAUGACAUAUACAGUGGCUUAUCGGAUCAAAUUGAUGACACCAUGGAGGAGGAUGAUGACCUCUAUGACUGUGUGGAGAAUGAAGAGGCGGAAGGGGACGAGAUCUACCAGGACCUGAUGAGAUCAGAGUCAAGCGUCAUGCCGCAGAAGAUGACUGAACUGGAUAAGAGGAAAUGCUGUUUGCAGGAGAUCCAACAGACAGAGGAGAAAUACACAAGCACGCUAGAAUCCAUUCACCAGCAUUUUAUGAAACCUCUGCAGGUGUUCUUGAGGCCUCAGGACCUGGAAACUAUUUUUAUUAAUGCUGAGGAACUAUUGAAGGUUCAUCGGUCUUUCCUGAUGGAUCUGAAGAAUGCUUUGUCUUUUAACAGUUCCCAAAAUCUCUACCAAGUGUUCAUCAAGUACAAAGAGAAGUUAUUGCUAUAUGGUAGAUACUGCAGCCAGGUAGAAGCUGCGACUAAACAUCUAGACCAAGUGGCUAACACCAGUGUGGACGUGCGCAUGAAACUGGAGGAAUGUUCCCAAAGAGCCAACAAUGGCCGCUUUAGCCUGCGUGACCUCCUCAUGGUACCCAUGCAACGGGUGCUAAAAUAUCAUCUGCUCCUGCAGGAGCUGAUCAAAUACACAGUGGAGCCAACUGAAAAGGAGAACCUGAGACAGGCUUUAGAUGCUAUGCGGGAUCUGGCUCAGUGUGUGAAUGAGGUCAAGAGGGACAAUGAAACACUGAAACAAAUCACUAAUUUCCAGCUCUCCAUAGAGAAUUUGACGCAGUCCCUGGCUCACUUUGGGAGGCCAAAGAUCGACGGGGAGCUCAAGAUCGCCACUGGGGACAAGCGCUCCAAGAUGGACAGGUAUGCUUUCCUCCUGGAUAAGGCCCUGCUAAUCUGCAAGCGAAAAGGGGAUUCAUAUGAAAUGAAGAUAUUUGUUGACCUGGCCAACUACCAGGUCCAGGAUGAUUCUUCUUUGGAAAAGGACAACAAGAAGUGGACUCACACAUUUCUCCUAAUUGACCUUUAUGGUCCCCUGGGCUACGAACUGUACUUCAAGACACGGGAGCUGAAGAAGAAGUGGUUGGAACAAUUUGAAAUGGCCCUCUCCAAUGUCUAUCCUGAAAAUGCCAAGGCAAAUGGACACGACUUCCACAUGUACUCCUUUGAGGAAACCACCUCUUGUAAAGCCUGCCAGAUGCUGCUGAGGGGCACCUUCUACCAGGGGUAUCGCUGCAGCAAAUGUCGGUCACCUGCUCACAAGGAGUGUCUGGGACGGGUGUCACUGUGUGGAAAGUCAAGCUCAGAAUCUGGGUCUACCAUGAAAAAGUAUAAAUCUAAUCGACAUACACACGAGAGGAAAAAAACCGAUUUGGGGCUGCCCAAGUUGGAGGUCUGCCAGGAGUAUUAUGGUCUGCCUCCACCACCUGUGGCAUUUGGUCCACCACUGAAGCUUAAUGUGGGGGAUAUUGUGGAACUAAACAAAGCUGAGGCAGAGCAGCUGUGGUGGCAGGGUAGGAACACAUCCACCAAUGAGGCUGGCUGGUUUCCUUGCAAGAAAGUAAAGCCAUAUGUCUCUACUCCUCCUCCAGAUCUAUCAGCCUAUCUCUGGUAUGCAGGACCCAUGGAGCGAGGGGAAGCAGAACAAAUCCUUGCCAAUCGUUCAGAUGGGACUUUCCUGGUGCGGCAGAGAAUCAAGGAUGCAGCUGAAUUUGCCAUCAGCAUCAAGCUCAACACUGAAAUCAAACACAUCAAAAUCCAGACAGCAGAGGGUUUGUUUCGUAUUACAGAAAAGAAGGCCUUCAAAGGACUUAUGGAGAUGGUAGAGUUUUACCAGCAGAACUCCCUGAAGGAUUGCUUCAAGAACCUCGACACCAUGCUGCAGUUCUCUUUCAAAGAGCCAGAGAGUAAAACAGCAACCAGGCCAGCUGGGAAAAGCUUGAAGUACUUUGGUUCAGCAAAGGCUCGCUACAAUUUCUGUGCCCGAGACCGGACUGAGUUGUCGCUAACAGAGGGAGACAUCAUAAAGAUUCUGAAGAAAGGGCAAGCAGGAUGGUGGAAGGGAGAAAUCUAUGGCCGGGUUGGCUGGUUCCCAUCAAAUUACGUAGAGGAGGAUUAUUCAGAGUACUGUUGAGAGCAAAGCCUAGAUGGGCACACUGAAGAAUCCUUUUGCCUGAGCAGUGCAUCCUGGAGCAAGCAACACAAUCAGUCUCUUGAGUUAUAAGAGCCACUCUGCAAAAAUUACUAUUAUUUAUGAACUCUCUUUAGUCCCCCACUCCACCUCCCACCAGUUUUUCUCCUUCAUUGUGUGUUCUUGUGUCAAAUAAACUGGGUGGGUAAUUA